AUGCCUGUUGCCGAAGGUACCCCGCAGACUCUCUACGACAAGGUCCUCCAGGCCCACGUUGUAGACGAGAAGCUGGACGGCACUAUUCUCUUGUACAUUGACAGACAUCUCGUGCACGAGGUCACCUCUCCUCAAGCAUUCGAGGGUCUGAAGAAUGCCGGCCGCAAAGUGCGCCGACCCGACUGCACUCUCGCGACUACCGACCACAAUGUCCCCACUUCGUCGCGGAAAGGCAUGAAGGACAUUGGCUCCUUCAUCGCCGAAGAUGACUCCCGAAUCCAGUGCAUGACCCUUGAGGAGAACGUCAAGGACUUCGGCCUCACAUACUUUGGUCUUGGCGACAAGCGACAGGGCAUUGUACAUGUCAUUGGCCCCGAGCAGGGCUUCACCCUCCCCGGUACCACCGUCGUGUGUGGUGACAGUCACACCUCGACCCACGGCGCCUUCGGUGCCCUGGCGUUCGGUAUUGGUACCAGCGAGGUCGAGCACGUCCUGGCCACCCAGUGCUUGAUCACGAAGAGGAGCAAGAACAUGCGGAUACAGGUCGACGGAGAGCUGGCUCCCGGUGUCAGCUCCAAGGACGUUGUCCUGCACGCCAUUGGCAAGAUCGGCACCGCCGGCGGUACCGGUGCCGUUAUCGAGUUCUGCGGUUCCGUCAUCCGCAGUCUCAGCAUGGAGGCCCGCAUGUCCAUCUGCAACAUGUCCAUCGAGGGUGGUGCGAGAGCCGGCAUGGUCGCCCCCGACGACAUCACCUUUGAGUACCUCAAGAACCGCCCCCUGGCUCCCAAGUACAACUCGGACGAGUGGCACCGGGCCGUCAAGUACUGGAAGUCCUUGCAGUCCGACGCCGACGCCAAGUACGACAUUGACGUCUUCAUCGAUGCCAAGGACAUCAUCCCCACAAUCACCUGGGGUACCAGCCCCGAGGAUGUUGUCCCCAUCACCGGCCGGGUCCCCGACCCCGAGACCUUUUCCACUGAGAGCAAGAAGGCCGCCGGCCGCAGAAUGCUCGAGUACAUGGGUCUGACCCCCGGAACGCCCAUGGAGGACAUCGUCGUCGACAAGGUCUUCAUCGGAUCCUGCACAAAUUCCCGCAUCGAGGAUUUGCGCGCCGCUGCCCAGGUCGUCAAGGGCAAGAAGAUUGCGGACAACAUCAAGCGCGCCAUGGUCGUCCCCGGCUCCGGUCUCGUCAAGUCCCAGGCCGAGAAGGAGGGUCUGGACAAGAUUUUCGAGAGCGCCGGCUUUGAGUGGCGUGAGGCGGGCUGCAGUAUGUGCUUGGGCAUGAACCCUGACAUCCUUGCUGCCAAGGAGCGAUGUGCAUCCACCAGCAACAGAAACUUCGAGGGUCGCCAGGGUGCCGGAUCCCGAACGCAUCUCAUGUCCCCGGUCAUGGCUGCUGCCGCCGCCAUUGUCGGCAAGCUUGCCGAUGUCAGAAAGCUUGCGGGGUACAAGGUCAGCCCGCACAUCGAGGCCGCAAUUACCCCCGCCAGCGAGCCCCACGUCGACGAGCGGGUACAGGAGAGCGACUCGGAGAAGGAAGCUAUCGGCGACCAGCCACAGGACAACGAGCCCCACACCAACACCUCUGUCUCGGCCGGUACCUCUGCCGGUCUCCCCAAGUUCACCAACCUGAAGGGUAUCGCCGCCCCUCUCGAGAUGUCCAACGUCGAUACCGACGCCAUCAUCCCCAAGCAGUUCCUCAAGACCAUCAAGCGCACUGGUCUUGGCCAGGCCCUCUUCUACGCCCUACGGUUCAACGAGGACGGUUCCGAGAACCCCAACUUCGUCCUGAACAAGGAUCCUUACCGCAGCUCCAAGAUCCUCGUCGUCACCGGACCCAACUUUGGCUGCGGCAACACCCUCUCCGACUUUGACGUCGAGGAGUUCCGGAAACACUGCCUCAUCAACGGCUUCGACGACAUUGGCCUGACCAUGCAGCAGAACGACAAGAUCGCCGACUACGAGCGCCGCAUGUCCCAGCUCACCCCCUGGCUCGACGGCACCGGCUACCUCAAGAGAGAUCCCAAGACGGGCCGUCUCCUCGCCAAGGCUGUCCCCGUCCCCAAGACGAACCGGGGCGAACCCAAGACGGAGCCCCUUGAGUGGUAA